AUGCAACCAAGAGAAUUACACAAGUUACUCCUUCAUCAGUUGGGUUCUUUGGCUCAAAAAAGACUUUGCCGUGGUGUUAGACUAAAUAAGUUAGAAGCAAAUUCGCUAAUUGCUUCUCAAAUCCAAGAGUAUGUUCGCGAUGGGACUCAUUCUGUUGCUGAACUGAUGAGUAUUGGUAAGAACAUGCUAGGGAAACGCCAUGUUCAACCAGAAGUAACUCAUUUAUUACACGAACUUAUGGUCGAAGCUACGUUUCCUGAUGGAACUUACUUGGUAACCAUCCAUGACCCUGUGUGUACUCCAGACGGUAAUCUGGAAAUCGCUUUGUACGGUAGUUUUCUCCCCAUCCCGGCGCCAGAAUUGUUCCCUCACGUAGACGAAAGCUUAUAUGCGCCCAAAAAUGUUCCUGGCUACGUAGAAGUAGAAGAAGGAGAAAUCGAACUUUUACCUACCUUGCCUCGUAUAUCUUUGCAAGUAACGAAUUACGGGGAUCGUCCCAUUCAGGUUGGCUCUCAUUAUCAUUUUCUCGAAACAAACGAAAAGUUAUGUUUCGACCGUGCAAAGGCCUAUGGCAAAAGAUUGGAUGUACCCUCAGGGACUGCCAUUCGUUUUGAGCCUGGAGUCACAAAAGUAGUUCAUUUAAUUCCCAUUGGCGGUAAACAAGUCAUUCAUGGAGGGAAUUCUCUUUCUAAGGGUCCAUUCCAUCAAUCGCUAGUUCCUGAAAUCCUAAAGAAUCUGGUUAGCCAAGGAUUCAUGCAUAAAACCGAAGUACCAGGCCAUGGCAAUCUUGAACAUAUCCAACCGUAUCGGAUUCCCCGUGAAAUGUACGCGACCAUGUAUGGACCCACAACCGGCGACAAGGUUCGUUUAGGUGAUACUUCUUUGGUUGUCAAAGUGGAAAAGGACUUCACAGAAUACGGCAACGAAGCCGUCUUCGGCGGAGGUAAAGUUAUUCGUGAUGGAACCGGACAAGCGACUGGAAGAUCGAUGAAUGAAUCUCUCGACACAGUCAUAACUAACGCCUUAAUUGUUGAUUAUACUGGUAUCUUCAAGGCUGAUAUUGGUAUCAAAAACGGCUUCAUUGUGGGUAUCGGUAAAUCCGGUAAUCCUGAUACUAUGGACAGUAUCACAGAUAACAUGGUUGUGGGCUCGUCUACCGAUGUUAUUUCUGCUGAGAAUAAAAUCGUUACUUUCGGAGGUAUGGAUAGUCAUGUUCACUUCAUUUGUCCUCAGCAAAUUGAAGAAGCUCUAGCAUCAGGAAUUACAACCAUGUAUGGUGGUGGAACUGGGCCUAGCACAGCAAGUAAUGCUACAACUUGCACUCCCAAUGCGGACCUUAUAAAAUCCAUGUUUAGAGCUACAGACUCUUAUCCGAUGAACAUUGGUCUUACAGGGAAGGGAAAUGAUAGUGGCCAUUCUUCCCUUCGUUCCCAAAUUGAAGCUGGAUGUAGCGGUAUGAAGCUUCACGAAGAUUGGGGCUCCACUCCCGCUACCAUAGAUUCUUGUUUAACUGUUUGUGAUGAGUAUGACGUUCAAUGUUUAAUUCACACGGAUACAUUGAAUGAAUCUUCCUUUGUUGAGGGAACUUUUAAGGCCUUCAAAGGUCGCACCAUACACACUUAUCACGUUGAAGGAGCUGGAGGCGGACAUGCUCCGGAUAUUAUUUCGCUUGUACAGAAUCCCAAUAUUUUACCUUCAAGUACAAAUCCUACGCGACCUUAUACUAAAAAUACUUUAGACGAAGAACUUGAUAUGUUAAUGGUUUGUCACCAUCUGUCGAAAAACGUUCCUGAAGAUGUGGCAUUCGCUGAGUCUCGUAUUCGCGCCGAGACAAUUGCAGCUGAGGAUGUUUUGCAAGAUUUGGGUGCUAUCAGUAUGAUUAGUUCUGAUUCUCAAGCCAUGGGUCGCUGCGGUGAAGUUAUUUUGAGGACCUGGAAGACGGCUCAUAAAAACAAAACACAACGAGGAUACUUACCAGAAGAUGAUGGAACUGGGGUAGACAACUUUCGUGUCAAGCGUUAUGUUGCCAAAUACACAAUCAAUCCGGCUAUUAGCCACGGGAUUUCACAUAUUGUUGGAUCUGUAGAGGUAGGUAAAUUUGCCGAUUUGGUUUUAUGGGAUUUUGCGGACUUUGGUGCCAGGCCUUGUAUGGUGCUUAAAGGAGGUAUGAUUGCAAUGGCAAUGAUGGGAGAUCCUAAUGGAUCAAUUCCGACUGUUUCUCCUAUUCUUUCCUGGGAAAUGUUUGGCGCAAAAGCUCCUGAAAGAAGUAUUGCAUUUGCAUCGAAUUACGCUUUGUCAAAUGGUAUCAUGAGCAAAUAUGAACUUCGUAAACGGGUGGAAGCAGUGAAAGGAACAAGAGAUAUCGGGAAAAAGGAUAUGGCUUUAAACGGUUAUAUGCCCAAGAUGACUGUAGAUCCGGAAUCAUACACAGUAACUGCAGACGAUGCCAUUAUGGAAUGUGACCCUGCCGAUACGCUUCCUUUGUCUCAAGGGUAUUUCAUGUUUUGA